GAUUUGGAGCUCACUGCAGCCAAUCAGAGCUGCUGACGUAUGACGGUGCACGUCUGAUGUAUGCGGCCCCAGGCAGUUACUCGGCCCCAGCGUUUGUAACGGCAGGCCAGAGAGUUAGGGUCCAACGGUACCCGGAAUUAAACCGCUGGCCGGAGGAGAAGAAUGAACACGAGUCCAUUAGAUAGGCAUUUCCAAAACCUUUAAUAGCGGUGUUCACCCGCGCUCUUUGAAUACACAUACAAAAGGAGCGGGUACAGAAAAGGGAAACCAAAAACACUCUGGUACCGUCACAAACAAAGAAAAUAAUGUACACACGUGGUCAGCGGUAGAGCUAAACACAACCAUCACUCUCCGUCACCUCUCUGCAACCACGCGUACUCGCACACGAGCCCGUGCAUGCGCAUCACAGCAUCAUCUUAAAGGCACAUGCACACUAAAACAUUAGGUGGCCGUUACACGUUCUGCAGGUGAAUAAAAUUUCCGUCACGAUGUCGUUCCAGUUCGCUAUUUAUUACCUGUUUAACAAAACACUACACGUGGAAAGUACGUCGCUUAUUGUUGGAAAUUUGGACCAGUUUAAUCAAGUGACUUCGCAGCCUGACCUUGAAAGCGAUGAUGACUGGUUCGAAAUAAAAUGGCCCACACGAAAAGAACCGGAGAAGACAGUAGCAGCUAAAGUUCUGCUAUUUGGAGACUCAUAAACACGCAAUAGCAGCACAAGUCUCCAAUACAACUUCUGGAGGGUUGGUGUGUACUGGGCCAGUUGCUGAUGUAAAUGAAAUGGAUGCAAGUGGAAAUGCAACUCCAUCUGAAGAUCUGCUUGGAGACACGGACAUGAGAGCCAUGUACACCAACAAUCUGUAGUAUUGCAGAAAGCAGUUUUUCUACCAUAACUUUUCUUAUGUUCAACCACAAGCCAUUCAUCUUGGAUCAGACAGCAAUAGAAAAGAAAGCCAUGGAUGACAUAGCCACUCUUAUUAAAGAGGCAUUACCAGCGUGCAGCACACCAGAUACACUGCAACCCAUUUUGGAUGCCCUCCAAAACCUUGGGGUGGAAACAGUUGAAGAUAUGAAGCUUGUUCAGAUGGACGACCUUGCAGGAGUGCUCAAACCAAUUCAAGCAAGGAAGCUUCUUGCACAUGUAAACACAGUCUUUACAGCUUCAAGCCACUCAAACAUGGAGGAAGAUUUCCCAGUCUUAACCCAAACUUUUGCAACACCACCUCGGUGUUGUACCACCUCGGUACAAGCCCAAGCUCAAGCCUGCCUGUUACUUCACAAUGCUCAUUUUCAACACCAACCUCCUCUCAGUCUGAUACUGAAAGCACAAGUUCUGCUACACAAUUGAGCAGUGACUGGCACUACAAUUUUAAAAUCCCUUGGAACAUGCUGCCAGCUGUUUUGAGGAAGAAAUUGGAUAAGCAGGAGCUACCAACAGCCAGGGAAAGGAGAGAAAUGAUUCGUAUAAUUUCAGGCAAAAUCAUUGCCAUUUGUAAAAAACCAUCAAAGAAGCACCUUGAUCAAAUUGCACGAAACAUGGUCCUACAAUAUCCAAAGUCUUUGAAAGACAUGAUAGAAGAUGAAGUGGUUGGAAGUGGCCAUGAUUCCAUAACAAAACAACUUCUGUGUAGAGUUGACAACUACAAGCGAAAUGAAAUUCUGAAGAAGCGCAACAGUACUCCAGCAAAUGACACAAGCACUGAUCCUGAAAAUAAGAAGAAACGUUUAGACUCUUAUGGCUGUAUUGUGUAUGAGUCCAUGCCUGUGAAAAUGGAUAUUCAAAUUAAGAAAAAAAAAGAGAUGCAAGAAAUGUUCAAGGAAAAUGACAGGAAUGAAAAACUUGUAAAUGCGUUAAUCUCUGAUACUUUUGUGUCUCAGAGAAGUGACAUUACGUCUGGUAAGGACAUGCAGGUCCUUAAAGAAGAAUGGCCCUACCUUUUCUCAUUUGUUGGCAUGAAGAAACACUUCAAACUUUUAACUGGUGUACACAUACAUGAGGCAUUUAAUGAGGCCAUGACAACUAAACUUGAAAGAGUUCUUGACUACUUUCAGUCUCUUCCAAUUGAGAAGUCAGCCAUAGGUGCAAAAGACAGAGCUGAAAUCCAGGCAAGUGGUGGACCCUCUGGGGCAGUGUUGUUGCUGCUCUCAUACUUUAAAGAAGAUCAGACAAAAAUGUUUCACAUAGUUGACAAAACAUGCAUUGCAGAUGAGGUUGAGACUGAACACUUUCCACCCACACCAUGCAUUAUUGUAUGUGGAACAAGUCCAAUAUCUGCAGCAGCUUUCAUGGUGGCAGCAGACCAGGAGGUGGUAAUUGACAAUUUGAUGAGCUUCACUGAUGCACUGGUCAGCAUGUUCAUCUGUUACUACAGUUUCAACAUGCACUACCCUGUGGAACUCGGGGCUUCGCUGGAGUUUCUUCAAAGGUGCAUAUUUAAGAUCAAUCCGGACAAGGGGUCUAAAGUUGAGCGUCUCCAAAAAAAGAAGAGCAAUGCAGUUAACCCAAAAGUGCUGACACUCAUUAACCACAUUUCUGAGUAUGAAUGGAGUGCUUAAUUGGUCCAAGGAGGGAACCACAGUUGGCCUGUUAAAGCCAAAGGACAAGUUCAAGUAACUUCACUUUUGACACUUAUUUUUGGUUGUAAUAUUAGAUAA